UGCCACGCGCGCGACGCGCGCCGCGCCACCCGCGUGCCUGCCUCCGCCCGUCGAGCAGUGCCGCGCGGGCACUUCUCUAGGGAAACGCUCGCUGCACAGGUUAUGCUGUUAAAGCACCGGCGCUAAAACGGGUGAGUGCCCGCAUUCAAUACUACACUUUUGGUUCAGAAGCGACGUUGAGUGAGCCGUUGAUGAAAAAUCACAACGAUAGCUCGAGUAACACAAGUAGUGAUAGCGAAUCCGAUUUUGAAUUGGGGUUAUCAAGUUCGAGGUUAUUGAGGUCUAGGUUACUAAAAACUAAGUUAAUGAGGUCGAGGUUGGAAGUCUCAGGGUUUAUAAGGUCAACAUCUUCCGUCAUGGGGUCAUUACAGACGGAGCCUUAUAUCCCGAGCUUGUUGCAAAUUAAGCCAAUCGUCCCGAGGUUAUUAAAGAGGAAAACGAAAAGCUUUCCGUGGUUAUUGAAGCCGGAGCCAUACAUCCCGGGGAUAAUUAAGAUGAAAUUAGCAUUAAAGAGAGUUUGCCCGAAUUCAUCAGCACAAUUGGUAGAGUCAAUACGACCCCAAUCGUUAAAGUCGAGGACGCCAAAAAUAAAACAGCGUUACAGAGAACUAUUCGGCUCAUCAUCGUCGAUUUCAUCGAUUUCUCGAUCGAGAUCUCAGUCACCGGUGUCACAACAGUUAACACUGCCCGCGCAGGAACCGCCCGUUUCCCAAAGUAGUUCGCCUGAACCUGGAGAACGAACGCCAGAGCGUUAUCUUAUAAGUAGUGAAGUGUCGCCUUACCCACGAAAGCGAACUCUAUUAACUCGAAAGCAAAUAAUGACGAAACGGAAGUUAAUGAAGCUUUUGGAAAUAGAAAAACUAACUAAAAAUCUUUCGGCUCAGUCCCAAAGGCCUAUUUCUCCGAUGCGUUCGCCAGCUUCUCGUGAGCGUUCUCCCUCAUUAAGGCGUUCACUACCCUCUCGGGAAAAUUCGCUAUCCUCAGGAGACCGAGUAUCCGCUUUGAAUAGUACCCGUUCACAGAAGCGUUCAUUGUCCUCUCCUGAGAUCCAAUCCCCACAGAGGAUUUUACCAUCAUCUACAGAGAGUUUGCUGUCUUCAGGAAAUCAUUCGCCACAUACUCGACAGAGUUCUCUGUCUCCACCGAAGCACGCACCAUCUUCUCGUGGUACUUCGCCAUCUCGAAAGCGUUCGCCGUCCACUCAGGAUCAUCUGCCCUCACGAAAUCGCUCACUAUCUUCACGAGAUCGUACACUACCAUUUAAAAAGCGAACGAUAUCCACUCAAGAAGAUUCGACUUCGUCUCGAAAGCGGUCCCUAUCCUCUCGAGAUCGCUCACCAUCUUCUCAAGAUCGAUCAUUAUCCUCUCGAAAGCGGUCAGUGUCCUCUCGCGAUCGUUUACUAUCCAAUGAGGAUCAUCCUCAAACCUUGAGGGGUUCGGUAUCCUCCCGGAAACGUGUGUUAUCCUCUAGAGAUCAUUUACCAUCUUCUGAAGGCUCGUCACCGCCUUCACGCAAGCGAUCUCCGGUUCCAAAGUAUUCUAAUGAAGGUCAAAAGCUGUCGUCGGUUUCAAAUAUACGAUCAGUUUCGCCCGAAAAUACUUUAGUGUCCCCAGUUAUCCGUCCUCAAUCAGCGGACUCUCAAUCACGAUUGUCACGAAAUCGAUCACCACAGUUACAUACUAGAUCAUCUUUAAGUCCUACACAGAGAUUUUCGUUGAACCCAAAGAAGGCUGAAUCGCGACGGCUUUCAGCACCAACGCUAACGCCAGCCUCACCAAGUUGUAUGUUUAAAAGAAUGUCGUCAUCAUGUCCGCAGCUCUCAUCUAACCAACCAGAAGAACAUGAAUAUUGUUUACUAUCUCCAUCAGAUAUUCCCCUUCCGUCUUUACCUCCACUAUUCUCAGACUGUUUUUCCAAUAUAUACACAAGUGAUCCCCCUCUUCCUCCAGGCUCACCCCCUACGUCAGCAACAAUGCUAGUUUCUCCCAGACAAGUCCCAAAAUAUAGCCCGAGCCUAAAAUCUCCAUCUGCUACUCCCAUUCCAUCUCCAUCUGCUAUUCCCAUUCCAUCUGCUUCUCCUAUUCCAUCUCCAUCUGCUAUUCCCAUUCCAUCUGCUAUUCCCAUUCCAUCUGCUAGUCCCAUUCCAUCUCCAACUACUAGUCCCCUUCCAUCCCCUACUGCAUCAGUCUCACCUAGCCAUUCCCGAAUCUCCAGCCAUGAUACACGGUCUCCGGCUGUUAGUCCCCAUUCUUCCCCCGCUCCGGAAUUUACUAUCGGGCACCGACGUGGUCCUCGGACCCCGGAAGACAGUCCUCGUCAUUCCCCCCAUAGUCCUCGAUCACCUUCGGACAGUCCUGAGACAAGUGAAAUGCCAAAACACAGUCGUGAUUCUCGAUCUUCUUCAAGCUCACCUUCCCUAACACUCCCACCUAGAAAAGACAAUCGUGGUUCACUUACUCCAGUAGGAAGCCCUCCUCUGUCUCCUGUUUCGGCAAGCUCCUCAACCGGACGGAGCCGCGGUCCUCGAACCCCGCCUGGCAGUCCACCUUCCUCUCCCACACGUGCAGUUUCGCCUGAAAUUCAGACACAGCACGAUACUCGGUCCUCGUCAAAUUCACCAUCACCAUCCGAAACCCCAACAUCCCCACCUAGUCAACCCAAUACAGAUAAUUGUAGUCCACGUAAUUCUCCUUUGACCCUUCUUCCGAGUUUCGCGUCUAAACAUCGGCAAAGACACGACCGCAACCCUCAAUCACCUUCGGGCUCACCGUCUCAAUCCGUAACCCCGACAUCCCCACCUAGUCAACCCAAUACAGACAAUAAUAGUCCACGCUCUCUUUCAUGUGGUACUCUUUUGUCUCCUCCUCCGAGUUUCGCGUCUGAACCUCAGCAAAGAUCCAACUGCGACCCUCAAUUCCCUUCGGGCUCACCCUCUCUAUCUGCAACCUCCACAUCCCCUCCUAGUCAACCCAAUUUAGCCAAUAAUAGUCCACGCCCUCAGUUAUGUGGUACUCCUGUAUCUCCUCCUCCGAAUUCCGCGUCUGAACAUCAGCGAAGAGAUGACCACAACCCUGUGUCACCUUCGGGCUCACCAUCUCCAUCGGCAACCCCGACAUCUCCUCCUAGUCAACCCAAUUUAGACAAUAAUAGUCGACGCUCUCAGUCAUGUGGUACUCCUGUGUCUCCUCCUCCGAGUUUAUCCGAAAACCCUCGAUUACCUUUGAGCUCACCAUCUCCAUUUGCAAACCCAACUUCCACACCUAUUCAACCUAAUGAAGACAAUAGUAGUCCACGCCCUCUUUCAUCUGGUAAUCCUUUGUCGCCUCCUCCGAGUUUCGCGUCUGAACAUCGGCAAAGACACAACCGUGACCCUCGAUUACCUUUGGUUUCACUGUCUCCAUCUGCAAUCCCGACAUCCCCACCUAGUCAACCCAAUACAGACAAUAAUAGUCCACGCUCUCUUUCAUGUGGUACUCCUGUGUCUCCUCCUCCGAGUUUAUCCGAAAACCCUCGAUUACCUUUGAGCUCACCAUCUCCAUCUGCAGCCCCGACCUCCACACCUAUUCAACUCAAUGAAGAUAAUAGUAGUCCAGGCCUUCUUUCACGUGGUACUCUUUUGCCUCCGCCUCCGGGUUUCGAGUCUGACCAUCGGCAAAGAUACAACCGUGACGCUCGAUCACCUUCGGGCUCACCGUCUCAAGCCGUAACACCGACAUCCCCACCUAGUCAGCCCAAUACAGACAAUAAUAGUCCACGCUCUCUUUCAUGUGAUACUCUUUUGCCUCCUCCUCCGAGUUUCGCGUCUGAACCUCGGCAAAGGUCCAACUGCGAUCCUCGAACUCCUUCAAGUCUGCCCUCUUCAUCUGUAACCCCGACAUCCCCACUUUGUCAGUCCAAUAUAGACAAUAAUAGUCCACGUCCUCUGUCAUUUGGUACUCCUUCGUCUCCUACACCGAGUUUCGCAUCUGAACAUCUGCAAAGAUAUAACCGCGACCGGCGAUCACGUUCAGGCUCACUGUCUCCAUCUGCCACCUCGACAUCCCCACCUAGUCAGCCUAAUAAAGGCAAUAAUAGUCCACGACCUCUGUCAUUUGGCACUCCAUCGUCUCCUACACCAAGUUUCGCAUCUGAACAUCGACAAAGAUACAACCGCGAUCCUCGAUCCCCCUCAAGCCCGCCUUCUCCAUCUGCAACCCCGACAUCUCCACCUAUACCCACACCAUCGAAGUCAGUGGUUUCGAUAAUCGUAUCUGAGUACCCUCAAAAACACAAACGUCCAUUCCCGUCACGCUCAUCAGCAUUAACUGAAACCCAUGACACAAGAGUUAGUCCUCAACAUCCUUCGGACAUAUCUACUCCAGUCCCGAUGAUCUUGUCUAGAUACUCGCGUAAACACAGGCGUGCAUCACGUACCUCUACGCUCUCAUCAACUGAAAUCAGAACUUUAAACUUUACCAAUCAAAAUGAAACCCACAGAUAUAGUCCUCAAUACCCUUCAGACACAGAACCUACGCCCCCUGCUAUGCUAGUUUUAUCCAGAUUCCCCCAAAAAUAUACCAAGAAAUCUACAUUGCUCUCUAUAAGUCCGUUCGAAUUCGCAGAAUGUUUACCCAGACACAGUUUCAAUACUAGAUCUUCUUCCUGCUCACCAAUCCCAAUUGAAACCCCAGAACAGUUACUCCAGUCGAAUAAUUCAUCUACUUCUGCGGUUAAAAAAUACAAACGCCGUUCUCGGUUCUCUUCGAGCUCACUAUUGCCUACAGAAACCCAAGAACAGUUACCCGAACUCGUCCAAGAACACGGACGUAGUCCUAACUACCCUUCGGACUCAUCAUCUUCUUCCACGUUUGCCGUAAUCCUAUCUGAUUCCUCUCAACAACACAGACCCCAUUCGCGAUCUAAGUACCGCACACCAUCUCCCGCCAAAACCCCAGAAGAGUUGCCCGAACAGAACAGUUCUAACUACCCUUCGGAGACGCCAUCAUCAUCCGCUGUUGGUGUUAUCGUAUCUGGAUGCUCCCCAGAUUACAGACGCCAAUCUCCAUAUAUUUCUCGCUCACCGUCUCCAACCGAAACUCCAGAACAGUUACUAAAACAUUCGGACACACCACCUUCCGCGGUUGCUGUAAUCGUAUCUAAAUACCCUCAAAAAGACAGACGUAGUCCUCAACAGUUUUUGGAUACACCAUCUCCUUCCGAAGUUUCUGUGAUCGUAUCUGAAAACCCUCAAAUACACAGACCGCGUUCUCAGUCCUCUCACUCACCAUCACCAACGGAAACCACAAAACUGUUAUCUACCGACCUUCAAAAAGACAAACCUAGCUUACCUAGCCUUGAACAACCUUUGGAUACACCAUCUCCUUCGGUAAUCUUUUUCAGGCAAUGCGAAACACAUAAACGCGACUCUCGCUCAUCAUCGCGCUCAGAAUCUCCAAACGAAAACCCAGAAUAUUUACCCAGACGCCUCAAAAAACAGCCUGAUCUUCAACAAUCUUCUCACUCACCCUCAUCGUCAAUUCCAGCGACCUCACCAGGAGCCCUCCAGACAAUUAGACGCGAUUCUCAAUCAUUGUCGGGUACACUCGUUUCGUCAGCGAUCUCACCUGGUAUGCUUGAAAGACUCAGGCGUGAUUCUGAAUCUUCGUUAAGUAUAGCAUGUGCAUCUGCAACACCAGCUAUAUCACCCGGACUCUUCCAAAGACACGACUCCCAAUCCCCUUCGGGCACAACUCACGGGUCCUCACCGCCGGCUAUUUCACCUAGACACCUUGAAAGAAUCAGACGCGAUUCUGAAUCACCUUCGAGCACAUUUUAUACGCCUGCACCACAGUCUACCUCAUCCGGAUACCUUAGAAAUGUCAGACGUGAAUCCCAACUUCCUUCUGGCCCGACUAGUAUAUUCGAACCACAGGCUACGUCAACCGGACUUCUUCAAAUAUUCAGAGGCGACUCUCAGUCGUCUUCAGGCACAACUUUUACAUCCAAAACACAAACUAUCUUACCCGGACGUGUUCAAUCCAGACGCGACUCUCAACCCUCUUCGAGUACACCACAGAUGAUCUCACCUGAACAUCCCCAAAUUCUCAGACCCAACUCUCAAUCGUCUUCGAGUACACCACAGGCAAUCUCACCACAGGCAGUCUCCUUUAGGCACCCUGAAAGACUCAGACGCGACUCUGAAUCACCUUCAAGCACACUUAAUAUGUCCACACCACAGGCUACUUCACCUAGACACCUUGAAAGACUCAGACGCGACUCUGAAUCACCUUCGAGCACAGUUUAUACGUCUACACCACAGGCUACCUCACCCGUAAACCUUCGUAGUUUCAGACGUGACUCUCAACCUCCUUCUGACACAUCUUAUGCGUCCGAACUACAGGCAACGCCACCCGGACUUCUUAAGAUACUCAGACGCAACUCUCAACAGUCUUUGGGUACACCAUAUUCAUCCGCACCACAGGCAAUCUCACCUGUACACCUUGAAAGACUCAGACGCGACUCUGAAUUACCUUCGAGCACAUUUAAUACGUCUGCACCACAGUCACCCGAACUUCUUCAAAUCCUUAGACGCGACUCUCAGUCAUCUUUGGGCACGGCUUUUACACCCGGAAGCCUUCAAACAUCCAGACGCGACUCUCAACCCCCUACGGGUACACCCCAUAGAUCCGCACCUCCGGCAAUCUCACCCGAACACCUCGAAAUGCGCAGACGCAACUCUCAAUCUUCUUCAGACAGACCUGAUACGUCCGCACCUUUGGCAAUCUUACCUGAACAGGUGAGAAUCGCGUCUGAUCACUUGGAGGUCCAAAUGAUCAGACGCGAUUCUCAAUCGUCUUCGGGAAGACCAGAUACAUCAGUACCAUCACCAAUCUCACCUGAACACCUCCUAAUGCUUAGGCGUGACUCUCAACCAUCCUCGAGCAGUCCCCGUAUGUCAGCACCACCACCAAUCUCACCUGAAUACCUCCGAAUGCUCAGACGCGACUCUCAACCAUCUUCAAGUAGUCCUUAUACAUCAAAUCCACCGAAAAUCUUACCCGGACGCAUUCAAAUGCAGAGACGCUACUCUCAACCGUCUUCGAGCAGACCCCAUACGUCAGCACCACCACCAAUCUCACCUGAACACCUCCAAAUGCUCAGACGCGACUGUCAGUCAUCAUGGGGUAUACCAGAUACGUCAGUACCACCACCGAUCACACCUGAACAUCUCAUAAUGUCUAGACGUGACUCUCAAUCGUCUUUGGGCAGACCUUAUACGUCCGCACAAUCGACAAUAUCACCCCAAUAUCUCCAAAUGACUAGACGCGACUCUCAACCAUUUUCAGGCAGUCUUCAUACGUCAGAUCCACUGACUAUCUCACCCGAACGCAUUCAAAUGCAAAGACGCAACUCUCAGUCGUAUUCAGGUAGACCAGAUACGUCAGUACCACCACACACUUCACCUGAACACUUCCAAGUGCCUAGACGCGACUUUCAAUCAUCUUCGGGCCGACCUUACACGUCCGUACAAUCGACCAUAUCACCCGAAUACCUCAAAAUGCUCAGACGCGACUCUGAACCAUAUUCAGGCAGUCUUCAUACGUCAGAUCCACUGACUAUCUCACCCGGACGCAUUCAAAUGCAAAGACGCAACUCUCAGUCGUCUUCAGGUAGACCAGAUACGUCAGUACCAUCACAAAUCUCACCUGAAUACCUCCAAAUGCCUAGACGCGACUUUCAAUCCUCUUCGGGUAGACCUGAUACGUCAGCACCGACGACUAUCUCACCCAAACGCCCCCAAAUGCCCACACGCGACUCUCAACCAUCUUCAAAUAGUCCUUUUACAUCAGAUCCACCCAAAAUCUUACCCGGACGCAUUCAAAUGCAGAGACGCUACUCUCAACCGUUUUCAAGCAGACCUCAUACGUCAACACCACCACCAAUCUCACCUGAACACCUCCGAUUGCACAGACGCGACUCUCAACCAUCUUCGGGAAGCCCAGAUACGUCAGUACCAUCAUCAAUCUCACCUGAAUACCUCCAAAUGCUUAGACGAGAAUCUCAGUCGUCUUCGAGUAGACCGCAUACGAUAGCACCACCGACAAUAUCACCUGAACACCUCCAAAUGUUCAGACGCGACUCUCAACCAUCUUCGGGUAGACCUCAUACGUCAGAACAACUGACUAUCUCACCCGGACGCAUUCAAAUGCAGAGACGUUACUCUCAGUCGUCUUCGAGUAGACCAGAUACGUCAGUACCACCACCAAUCACACCUGAACACCUCAUAAUGUCUAGACGAGAUUCUCAAUCAUCUUCGGGUAGACCUUAUACGUCCGCACAAUCGACAAUAUCACCCCAAUAUCUCCAAAUGACUGGACGCGACUUUCAACCAUCUUCAAGCAGCCUUCAUACGUCAGAUCCACUGACUAUCUCACCCGGACGCAUGCAAAUGCAAAGACGCAACUCUCAGUCGUAUUCAGGUAGACCAGAUACGUCAGUACCACCACACACUUCACCUGAACACUUCCAAAUGCCUAGACGCGAGUUUCAGUCAUCUUCGGGCCGACCUUAUACGUCCGCACAAUCGACCAUAUCACCUGAAUACCUCCAAAUGCUCAGACGCGACUCUGAACCAUCUUCAGGUAGCCCUCAUACGUCAGCACCGCCAAAACCACCUGAGCAACUUGUAAUGACUAGAAGCGACUCUCAACCAUCUUCAAAUAGUCCCUACACAUCAGAACCACCGAAAAUCUUACCCGGACGUAUUCAAAUACAGAGACGCUAUUCUCAGUCAUCAUCGGGUAUACCAGAUACGUCAGUACCACCACCAAUCAUACCUGAACACCUCAUAAUGUCUAGACGUGACUCUCAAUCGUCUUUGGGCAGACCAGAUACGUCAGCACCAACGACAGUGUCACCCGAAUAUCUCCAAACAACUAGACGCGACUCUCUACCAUCUUCGGGCAGACCUAAUAUGACAGAGCAACCGACAAUAUUACCCGGACGCCUCCGAAUGACUAGACGCGACUCUCAACCAUCUUCGGGUACACCUCAUACGUCAGAACAACUGACUAUCUCACCCGGACGCAUUCAAAUGCAGAGACGUUACUCUCAUUCGUCUUCGGGAAGACCAGAUACGUCUGUAUCACCACCAAUCUCACCUGAACACCUCCAAAUGUCUAGAGGAGACUCUCAAUCGUCUUUGGGCAGACCAGAUUCGUCAUUACCAACGACAGUGUCAUCCGAAUAUCUCCAAACAACUAGACGCGACUCUCUAUCAUCUUCGGCCAGACCUAAUAUGACAGAACAACCGACAAUACUACCCGGACGCCUCCGAAUGACUAGACGUGACUCUCUACCAUCUUUGGGCAGUUCUCAUACAUCCGUACCAUCGGCUAUAUCACCCNUAUCACCUGAACACCCCCAAAUGCUCAGACGAAACCUUCGAUCCUCGUCUGGCUUGACCUCGGCGACGACCCCAAUGUACCCACCUGGACCGCAACCUCGAAGACGAGACCCGCAGACCCCAUCGGGCUCUCGACCUCAGACCUCAAUACGCUCGAAUUUGAGACCUCGUAAAUAAGUUUUUACAGUCAAGUUCAACAGUGUGCUUAGUUUUUGAAGUGGCUAAAGACGGCGUGUAAAUUGGUAAUGUAAAUUGCUAAUUAAGGUUAGAGUGAGUAGAGAUUUGGGCUUUGUAAGUUGGCAUGAGUAGAUUUAGUACCUACCUUCAGGAAUACACAACACAUUUUUGAACAUGGCCGUAUAACGCGCUAUUUGUAAGCAUAUUUUAACGUCAUUAACCAAAAGUGUUAUUUCCGCCAAAUUUUAGUGCAGCGAUUGAUGAGUUUACUAGUGUUAUAAAGAACAAUCCAUAGAUAUAGCUAUUUAUUUAUAAGUUUAUGACAUUGAUAUUGAAUUCGAUAAAGCAAUAGAUAGGUAGGGUUAUUGUGAGUAUAGUUAGAAGUUAGGUAUAGUUUUCGAUAUUGCGUCAUGUGAUUCUUAAAUCGUGUUUUUCUAGAAUGUAAUAAUAAUGAAUUAAUGAUUUCGCAUUCCGGUGCGAGUUGAUUUAUAUUAAUAUCUAUAUUAUAAUUAAUUGAAUUUCACAAUUUUAUAUGAAAAUUAUAUCAUAGGCAUAAUAAUUUAUAACAAAUACUAUAAUAGUAAAGCACCAUUUUUUCUUCCUAUAAUCAUCAAUAAAAAUCACUAACUAGCUUUCAAUUGUUCUAGUAAUAUUUCUCAGCAAUUUCAUAGACUACUAAAUAUUGAAGACUAUAUAUAAUCAUUAAUUUUAUGACAAUUUGUUGAUUGUGUUUGUAUUACUUAUUACCUAAUUUACUGAAAAACGUUAUUUCGAUUCGGUUUUUCAGCCACUUAGAAUAAACAAUGAUAAAUAAUAAUGGAUUUAGUGGAACCGAUCGUUGCAAGUUAUUUUUUUAUUGAUGAGUAAACUACAUUUCAUAGUCUACACAGUCAUAUUUAAACUUCUCCUAAAUGUCAUUAUUUGUUUUCGCGUACUAAGACGGGUCCAUAAGACAGGCCCAAAUAAGUUAUUGUCCAGGAUGUGUUUUAAAAUUGAUUGACCUUUUAUGAUGAACUUAAAUAUGUAACGAGUCAUAUAUUUUUAAGACUGAAUCUUAUAAAGUUUCGAAAUAUUGAAUUGAGUACUUAAUAUUUAUUUAUUUAUAUUGUGAUAAUUUUGAUACCUACAAUAUUGUCUCAUCAGUCUUCCUCUUUAGUUUCUUUCCAAAUAGAGUUCUAUGGAUACUGUGGCUGUAGUAAAAUUAAUUCUAAUUACAUUUUCUUUUUUUUUUGGCUAGUCUGAAACUACUGCGGGGGUAAUCUUUUGAAGCUGAUAUUUUUUUACUUUUUAUACCACUUCUUCUUUCGUUUAAGUAUUUAAUGCGAGAAGUAACUAAAUUUUUGUCAACCUAUGCAUUACAUAAUCCCGCAUAUUUUCAUAUUAUCAUUGCUAAAUUGCUAGAAUAAACGAAUAUAGUGCAAAUUAGGCUAAGUAGUCCAAAUUACUUGUAGCUAGUUCAAUUUUAAUAUUUAUAAGUAAGUACAUCUCUUGUAUCUUUGUAAUUUUUAAUGUAAUAUUUUUCCAUGUAUUUGUAUAAUGUGAUGUGUGUCUUAAAUUUUAAUGUAUUAAUUGGCAAUAUUGUUAAAAAGUUAUUUUUACAUUGAAUGACUAAAUUGUAUUUGUUAUUAAUUUUAAUGUUAGCCGAUUUUCAAAACUAGAUAAAAAUAACAUAAGAAUAAAAUUGUCAGGACAUUUUUCAUAAAAAAAAAUAAGUAUCUAUAAUGUAAGCAUUAUUUCAAACUCAUUCUUCAUGACUAUAAACAUUUUCAGUCAAUUAAAAAAUCGUUUGGCUCUUUAUUAUUACUGAAUUGUAAUGACCAAAAUCAUAAUUUAGUAUUUUUUAAAAGAUGACCAAGAAAAUGAGCAAAAACUUAAUUUCCACCAUUUAAAAUUUUCUUUUUUUUACAAUUUGUUUUUCUGUAUGGAAAUAGAGACUAAGAUGCGUUUAUAAAUUAAUUUAUUAUGACUAAAUAUCUUUAUAUUUCUAGACUAGACUCCUACAUAAAAUGAAUGUUUCUUGCUCUAAUAAUAAUAUUUCUAGUAGUGUUUUGUAAUUUGUCGUAAGUGUGAUGUGAAGUGAUAAUUUUUUAUUUUAUUUUUAAUAAUGAAUAUCUUACAAAAAAGUGGCUUCGCUGAAAUUCGUAUAGUAAUAAUUAUAUUUUUACUUAUAAUAUGUGCUGAAUGUUUGAGAUAAAUAUAAUUGAAAAAAAAUCAAUAUAAUGUUGUUAAAAAUUUCGAUGUCGUGAAUAUAAAUAUGUAUAUUGUAUACGCCGUGAUUUAAGACGUCUAAAGCCUAUGUCAGCAAACGAAUUGGUAAAAACAUUAACGUGGAUUACUUUCCUCAAAAAAAGAAGAAAACCUACUUGUUAAUAGAAAGCCUUUUUAUCAAUUUCAUUUUACUGUUUUCUGUGGUCGCAACAAACAUAAGCCAGAAUUAUUUUUCAAUAAUGAAAUCGUGAAUGUUUUUACCACCGUCUUGUGAAUCGUGUUUAGGUAAAAGGCAUGACAUUAUUUAAUUGUGACUCUAGUUGCAAGUAAGAAUUGAAAUGGAGAAGAACAAUCCCUGAACGUAACUUAACGUAACUCGAUUCAAUUAGAAGCAUAACUUCAAGUCUCUGAAUCGAGUCUUUGAGCUUAAUUUCAUAAUACGCAUUAAGAAUAAAUAAAUACGAAUAAAUAAGAUGGAAAUUAUGGCAAUUACCUAUUCUUAUUAUUAUUCUUUAUUCUCAUAAUACGCAUUAAAAACUAUUGGAACUUAAUAUACGAACUUGUGAUUGGUAAAAUGUCAACCUUUAGACCAAUUAGAAUCUGGAAUCUUUUUAGAUUCAUAUUCGGCCUAGACCUUUUCAAAAUAAGCUCUGAAUAGGUUCUUGAUAUAAAAUCUGAGAAAAUUAUCUGAACAAUGUUUUAGUUUAUCUGACAGAUAACUUUAUGAUAGGCUCUAUCAGCGAUAGUUGAAAAAGCCCUGAUUAUUGUCGACAUUAUUAUUACCAUCGUAUAAAAUUAUUGUGGUUAUUAAUCACUGCCAAAAUAAUGUCUUCAAUAUUAUUAGCAAUAGUAGACUGUAAACGUAGAUUUUAAUGUGUGUGUUUAAACUAUGAUACAGUACGACUAUAAUAAUUGAUGGGAGUAUACUAUAUAAUAGUGACAACUUUGCAAGAGAGCAGUCAAGUAGCAUCAAUCAAAUAAGGUCCUGAGAUUUGUUGACACACGGUGUAUAUUUCGUUGACACGAAGCGACACAAUUUUUACCAUUGCCGUAUCUACGUGGGACACUAUUUNAUCUAAAAGCGCUGGAACAUUAUUGAUACAACUUACAUUGUCUUAUGACAAUGUUUUUAUAUAGAUUGCGAAUUGUUAACAUUCGUAUUUUGUCUACAGGGCUAUGUGGCUUGACCCGAGUUAAUUAACUUUCUACCUUAUGCGAAAGUACUUGGGUUUCUUGGCGCUACUUGACUGUUCUGUUUCCCACUUCGUCGCCUGCGCAAGCAUGCUGGGAAACAAAACAAACCCUUACAGUGGCGAUGGAUAAAAGCGGUACCAACUCAUAAUGUCUCCUAAAAAAAUCUCCGUUUUUAAGUUCAAAACUCAAAAGAUAAAGUAUCUACUUUUUUUUCCAUCUGAACGAAUGGAGAAAAAAUGUGCUCUUUUUAUACAUCUGGUCUUCAAAGACGUCAACAUCUAUAAAUGAACCUUCGCGUCAAUAUUUCUGCAAUAAUUCAUAAAUAAAUUAAAAUCUAUGGUGCAAUUCUACCUUUGCUAUUUAUGCUGUUCACAUCUAAACUCGUUCUUAAGAAGAAUCUAUACCAAAUUACCCAAAUAGAGAAUUAUUUGCCCAAAUAUUCUUUUAACGAUUCCAAUUUAUAAAGUUCGGUACCACUUUCCUUCGUCGCCAAAUGAACCUAUCAAAGUCGUACGAUGAUAUCUAAUUAAUGACUAUUCUAAUUAUUAGCUGUAAAUGAAAUAAAAAUAC